AUGAUACCAUUUGUCAAUGACCUUGGAGGAAAUGCACAUGGGACCUCAGCUUCUACGUCAAUGGCAGAUAAAGUUGUCGAUGAGAUUAAAACUGCUGGUGGACAAGCAGUGGCUAACUACGACAGUGUAGAAUUUGGCGAGAAGAUUGUAAAAACCGCCAUUGAUGCUUUUGGCCGAGUCGAUAUUGUAAUCAAUAAUGCUGGGAUUCUCCGUGAUGUUUCGCUUGUGAAAAUGACGGAUCUCGACUGGGGUGAAGGGACAGUACACGUGAAAGGAGCUUAUUCCGUGAAGAAGACAGCCUGGCCUUAUAUGAGGAAACAGAACUACGGGCGAAUUAUUGUGACGUCAUCAAUUGCGGACAUCUAUGGGGACUUCGGUCAAACUAAUUACGCAGCUGGUGAUGUUAAAAAUGAAAAGAGGCCUACAGUUACUGUGACGGUCUCCGGCGAUGACUUCUUCGAUAUAGCUAAUGAAAAGCCAAACUCACAGGCAUUCAUGGGUGGAAAACUCAAGGUGAGAGGAAAUGUGAUGCUUCGACAAGAACUACAGACAAUUCUGGAAAAGAAGAGGAAGUCGAAGCUCCAGUUGUUGACUCUUCAGAUUCGUUAA